AACUACACUGGUACCUGUGUAAGCUUGGGAGCCGUGUAGGAGAAAAAGUAUGUGUACAAACAGGGCUUGACGUUGGCUUGGGUUAGAGCUGGAGAGAAGGGUAAGAGGCGGGGCGCCAGGACUCAGCACAGAAUUGUAUAAUUGUGUAUGUGUACCUGCCUGAGAAAAGUGAGGGGUGUGUCACAGAGCAUGGGAGCACUCAGAUCCUGAGUGGGCCAACACUUGGCCCACCAGGAGAGAGCCUGGCCUUCUUAGUGGGUCCUCAUGGUGUUCCUGUUACUUCCUGAUGCUACCCGCUCACUGCUCCUGCUGGGGUCACUUGGGAUCCAAACAACCUGAGGGAGAACAGCAUCCUUUAGACUUUAUUACAGUUUUCUUGUGUGGCUCAGGGGUAUGUGUCUCAGAAGUCAUGUCAGGGAUAAUAAACACGCAUGAUUGUAUUUUGUAUUUGGGUUGCCGCCUCCUGUGAGUGCUAGUAUUGUGUGCUGUGAUCUCCUGAUCUCCAAUGUUUGGAAGCCACUUUAUGUCCAAAUACAUUGUGACGACUUUCUCUUACAUUGUAACAUUUCGAGGAAGCCAAGGCUUUCUGUGCAUCAGAGACCAUGUUCUCGGUGAUGUCAUGGCUUUGCCUGACUUUGGCCUUCCAGAGUGCUGUGUGUAGACUUGACUUGUAAGGUGUGUCCUGACACAUAGGAGCCGCUUUCUUGUGCUGGUGAACCAACGUCGUCACUUUGUGCUGGUUGGAGUCGAUGGAUGGAAGGCACAAGGAAAACCUAAUCUCUCCUUGAUGUCGAUGACAGUGAGAAGCAUGCUUUCCACUGCUCUCCCUGGUCCCAGUUGCCACCCAGGAUGUCUGUGAGUGAGAGUGCGGUAUUUGCCUACGAGUCCUCUGUGCAUAGCACCAACGUCUUGCUCAGCCUCAAUGACCAGCGGAAGAAGGAUGUCCUGUGUGAUGUGACUGUCCUGGUGGAGGGCCAGCGGUUCCGAGCCCACCGCUCGGUGCUGGCUGCGUGCAGCAGCUACUUCCACUCGAGAAUCGUAGGCCAGACUGACGCAGAGCUCACCGUCACACUGCCUGAAGAGGUAACGGUUAAAGGAUUUGAACCUUUAAUUCAGUUUGCCUACACUGCCAAACUCAUUUUAAGUAAAGACAAUGUUGACGAAGUGUGCAGGUGUGUGGAGUUUCUAAGCGUACACAAUAUCGAGGAAUCCUGCUUCCAGUUUCUCAAGUUUAAGUUUUUGGACUCCACUUCAGAGCAGCAGGAAUGCGCAAGAAAAAAAUGCUUCUCCUCACACUGUCAGAAAGCAGAUUUUAAAUUUUCAUUUUCAGAACAGAAAGAUCUCGAAAUCGAUGAAGCAGAUGAAUUCUUGGAAAAGAAACGUGUUCAGACGCCUCAGUGUGACUCCCGCAGGUGUCAGGGCAGUGUAAAAGCAUCCCCCCCUCUCCAGGACAGUGUCAGUCAGGCGUGCCAGUCCCUGUGCACGGACAAGGAUGGAGCCCUGGCAUUGCCAUCUCUAUGCCCCAAAUACAGAAAGUUCCAGAAAGCGUUUGGAACUGACAAGAUCCGAACUCUAGAAUCCGGUGUCAGAGAUGUCCACACUGCCUCUGUCCAGCCAAAUGAGACCUCUGAACUUGAGUGUUUUGGGGGAGCGCAGGGCUGUGCAGAUUUACACGUGAUUUUAAAAUGUGAAGGAAUGAAGGCAGCCAUGGAGAGUGAAGACACAGAGGGCCAGGAUCCCUCCCCUCAGUGCCCUGCAGAGCAGCCCCAAGGGACACCCUUGCCUCAGGAUUCUGCAGGACCUCACGGGCUCUACUCCUUGUCAGCCUUACACACAUAUGAGCAGUCAGGUGACGUGGCCUUUGCUGGGGUGCAGAGUAAAACCGUGAAGACAGAAAAGCCUCUGUCGAGGCCAGAUGCCCAGGACGAGAAGCCAUCGGAAAAUCAGGAUUUAUAUCUGAAGUCUAGCAUGGGCCCUAAAGAAGACAGCAGCAGCCUUGCAUCUGAGGAUCGGAGUAGUGUGGAGCGAGAGGUGGCAGAGCACCUGGCCAAAGGCUUCUGGAGUGACAUUUGCAGCACGGACUCGCCUUGCCAAAUGCAGUUGUCGCCCACUGUGGCCAAAGACGGCCCAGAACAGGGCUACUCGCAAAGGCGAUCUGAGUGUCCCUGGUUGGGUAUCAGGAUCAGUGAGAGCCCCGAGCCAGGCCAGCGGACUUUCACAACUCUCAGUUCCGUCAACUGCCCUUUUAUCAGUACUCUGAGUUCCGAAGGCUGCUCAAGCAACUUGGAAAUUGGAAACUACGAUUAUGUCUCGGAGCCUCAGCAGGAGCCUUGCCCGUAUGCUUGUGUGAUUAGCCUGGGAGAUGACUCUGAGACGGACACGGAAGGUGACAGCGAGUCCUGUUCUGCCAGGGAGCAGGACUGUGAGGUGAAGCUGCCAUUCAAUGCCCAACGGAUAAUUUCGCUCUCACGAAAUGAUUUCCAAUCCUUGUUGAAAAUGCACAAACUGACCCCAGAGCAGCUCGACUGUAUCCAUGACAUCCGCAGAAGGAGUAAGAACAGAAUCGCCGCGCAACGCUGUCGCAAGAGGAAACUUGACUGUAUCCAGAACCUUGAGUCGGAAAUCGAGAAGCUGCAAAGUGAAAAGGAGAGCUUGCUGAAGGAGCGAGACCACAUUCUGUCAACGCUGGGGGAGACAAAGCAGAACCUGACCGGACUUUGUCAGCAGGUGUGCAAGGAAGCCGCCCUGAGCCCCGAGCAGAUCCAGAUCCUUGCCAAGUACUCGGCCUCCGACUGCCCGCUUUCCUUUUUAAUUUCUGAGAAAGGAAAAAGUACUCCCGACGGCGAGCUUGCUUUUACAUCGGUUUUCAGUGUGUCUGACGUGCCUCCAACUGCACCACCUCCCUGUGGGCGAGGGAGCAGCGCGGCCAGCCAGGAGCUGGUGCAGGAGUCCCCGCCAACCACCGCAGCUGCCCCAGAGCAGGCCACGCUGUUGGAACCCUGUCGGCAGAGUGCUGGGAUCUCAGACUUCUGUCAGCAGAUGUCUGACAAGUGCACUACUGACGAGUAAACCCCACGGGCAGCCUUCAGCCCAUGGCCUCCCUCUGACCUUCGGCAUUGUCUCGAAGCCUAGCGUGGCCGUGUCUUCUUGCUUAGCAGUCCUGUGUCCUCCUGGUAGCUUUCUGUUGAGGGAAUUUCUCUUUCAGGUGAUCCUGCGUUCUCCUUGGUUUUCAUAGGAGAUGUUCUAUCUCUUGAAUGAUGGGAAAUUGGAUGUGAAAAUAUAGAAUGACCAGGUAAUAAUCUCCUAGAGUUCAAACUAACUAGAGCAGCGGAAGCCGCAGCAUCCAUUUCAACAGCUCGGAGCAUCUGCACGCAGUCCUCGUGGGCCGUGGAUAACCUACUGAUCAGGAAGAAGAGCCCUUCCUAUGCGGAGCAGUGGUGAUCUCCCCAGAAGUGGGGUACUUCUUGUCUAUGUGGAAAAGAAAUCUCCUUUGAACUCUAAUGUCCUGCACCUCAGCUCCUUCAAAGUCCAGCAUUGGCUGGUGACCCUGAGGCUGCCCUGGCAGGACCUAGGCAGAAGCCACAGCUGGCCUGAGCUGGAGGCCUCUGCUAUCCUCAGUAUUGACUAGGAGUUUUGACUGCACAAACCAGAAAGUGUAUCAUCGUUCCCUGUUCUCAGUUCUGUUCCUCUCUUUAGUCUCCACCUUGUCUAGACUGUUAGGAACUUUCUGUCCCGUGGAGGAGGAGCUGCCCCGGAGAGCUGCACACUGCACAAGGCUGUCGAUCAUCUCAUUGCAGGUCGUUGAUGACCAUGAGGGCAUUGGAGUCAAUGAGAGGGAAAUGUCUACAAUGACCUGAAGAGCAGCUCAUUGGAAUCCCAGUGAAGACUUGUAGUCUGUUAAAAAAAAAAAAGCCGUGUUGGAGACAAACACGGAUCUGAGGCUCUGCCGGUGUUUGAAACGGUAAAAUUCGGGCUCGGUUCGGCUCGGUCCGUUAAUGGGUUUGCACUUGAGAGCCAGAUUUAAUCCUCUUAUUUUUUUCCUAUUCCCUCAUUUGGUAUGACGUAAAGGCGCGUGUACCAGUUUGACUUGGGCAUUGAAAGAUCAAUCUUGUGCUUGUUUAAUGUUGGUAGAAAAUGAAUUGAUAAGAAUCUGAGCAGUUACCCCGGUAACAUCUGCAGUGAUUUUUAGCCAUUCUGGAAUCUCACCUUGUAGACCUCAGCAGUGGAAACAAAACCUUGUUUAUACAGGUCCAAUAUCCCUGUUCAAGGAAUGUGAGAUGCCUUAAAAUUGGAGACAUUCUGAGCACUGAGAUGUUGGAUAUCCAGGCCUGACCUCAUGAGGCAGGUUGCAGUCAGAACAGGACAUUCAAAGUCUUCUGAACGCUAUUUUAUAUGCCUAGGGUAUAGGACUUUAUUAAGGCUUGGGGGGGGGUGGGGGUGGGUCUGACCCUCAGGCUCUCAUAACCUUCUGUUGAGAGCAGGGGAAAGCCGGAAGUCUGAAGGCACUCUGCAUCAGACAUUUCCAACAAGGGAGUCCAUAGUCGCUCCCCGAAGCACUUACAGAGUCCUGUGUCAGGGUGCAGGGGGACAGUCAGUAGGACUGCACCUCUCCAGGUCUCAUCCCUGAAGAGACGCUUCAUUGCAUGCUGCAUCUUCUGAAGGGCAGAGGGACGGAGGGAUGGAGGAGGGGAGGGAGGAGGGAGGGAGGAGGGAGGGAGGGGAGUGAGUGCACACUACCCUGUGUAGCAUCCGGUCACUGGCAAGCUGAUGUUUGCCAUGAGGAGAUACGGGGACCAGCAGCAAUAGUUCAUGAUUUUAUAGUUAGCAGAUAAUUGCCCUUUAUCCUUGGGGUGCAGCAAGGGAGGGAGGAAGGGUGGUAUGUGUUUUCAUCUUUGGAAGAGAAAAUUAAAUUGGAAUUAUUUUCUAGAAAUUUUGAGAAGUCCACUCAAUUUUCCUGGGAGAGAGUGCUCACUGUGUGAAAGUACAUCCCAUGUUACAAAAGAGUUGUAUGUGUGUGUGUAUAUAUAUAAUAUAUGCACACAUGAAAUUAUGUGUAUAUGUAUAUAUACAUACAUACGUGUAUGUAUAUGUCCCCACGCAGCUAUUUGGUAUUUGUAAGUUUAGACUUCAACUUAACAUAAUAUGAAAACUUCUCUGGUUUACAAAGUGUAAAAUCUUAUACAAGCCAAUGGAUUUCCUACCUCACUGGACACUCGGCUGUCUGUCAUCGGUUCUUGUGUGUACAUACGUCAGAUCUUUUGCUUUAAAUGUAAAUAUUUGCUUUGAAAAGUUACUUACCAUUUUAUGAUAAAGCCCAGUUCUCUCCUCAGUUUAAAGGUAUUUUUUUAAAGACACUUGGUUUAAAUUUCUCUCUAUGAACAGUUUAGCAUUAAGGGUUAAUUUUAAUGGUGUCUGGUAAUUGGCCAAGUGUAAUAUUUCUUAAAAUUUAACAUUACUUUUAACAGCCAGCAUGUAAUACAAGUAACUACACUACCUCAUACACACCUUUGUGAUUUUCAAGUUGUAUUAGGUGGACAGGACAGGUUUUACCUUUGUCUUUGGGCCAUAAGGUGGGUAAUAAUAGAAAUAUAUUGCAUAGCAUUAUACAUGUAUGCCUAUUUUAACGUGAACUUCUAAAACAUUUUCUUUUCUAAGAAGAUUUGUUUUAAGGAAAUAUUGGGGGGGGGGAUGCAGAAGACAAAUGAUAGGAGGAUCAUAUGUGUACAACGUAUGCCUUUUCCUUCAUGCAGAGCUUGGACAGUGGUUUUAGUUGGUGUUUUGCAUAGUCACACAAUCAGAGCUCCUUAUUGUAUAAGCCAGCCUUCUCAAGGCGCGGUGAUUUUUUUUUUUUAAAGCUGUCAUGUCUGACUUGAUACAAUAAUGUCAUCUUUGUCAUCUUAAAUUUUUGCCCCUUAUUUGAAUCCUGUAGCUACAAUCAAAUUAAUUUGUUAAAUUGUUAUACUCAGAAUAAAUAUGGAUAUAACAUUGGUUGUCCACCUGCAAGCUUUCUAACAGUUUACUGUAGCUUGAUGCUUAGCCAGUUUUACAUUAGGAAUUCAACAUACAUGAUACAGGGAUGAGGGUACUCAGCCGCGUUAACAACUUGGAAAAAAAGAAAGAAGCAAAUGGCGAUGUUACAGUGAAUUCUCAGGUGAACUUUCCAGUUAUGAAAACAUCUAUUUUGCAUUUGUAAAUAUUUUAACUGUUUUAUUAAGGCAUGGACUAAACUAUUCUUUGACACCUGUUGGGUAGAGUGAAAAUUUAAAGCCAUAAUGGUAAAAGAUGGCAUACUGAUUGUAAAAUAAACAAAUGAUAAUAAUAAUAAUGAUUUUUUUGUAUCUUUCAUAAUAUAAUUUUUCUAACUGCAAUAAAACCACUGAACUUAUAUAUUCCUGUCCUAUUAAGCCCAUGUUUCAUUAGUAGUACACCUUAUAAUAUUUAAUUUACAUUUUCUAAUGUGCUUGUCUGGAUGUGUCAGUAUAAGUCCUAGAUGGUGAUUCUAGACUGACGGUUAAAUAAAGUUCCUAACAUGGCUUUCAGUCGA